AAUUAUUAAAUCUCCGCUUCACCAUGACUUCACGGCUUCGGUGAUCGAUUGCUGCGAUUUGAAUAAAAAAGAAAGAAGAAAGCGAAAAUUCUUCGACUCUUUGUAGAGAAGAGAAGAGAAGAGAAGAUAAUAAUGGGAGGUAAAGGAGCAGGAGGAACUGAAGCACAGAAAUACGUAUGGGAAGGAGCAAUUCCACUACAGAUUCACCUUCACGAAUCCGAAGUCACUACUCUCCCUUCUCCUCCCCCUGCUCUGAUUUUAGCUCCUCGAAUAGGUUACCUGCCUCUUUUAGGAACAAAAAUAAAACCUUUCUUCAGUAAUUCACUUCCUCCUGGUGUAGAUACCGUAUGGUUUGAGUACAAAGGCUUGCCUCUCAAAUGGUAUAUACCAACUGGGGUACUCUUUGAUCUUCUUUGUGCAGAACCUGAACGUCCUUGGAAUCUGACGGUACAUUUUAGAGGAUAUCCUGGAAAUAUUUUAACACCUUGUGAAGGCGAAGAUAGUGCAAAGUGGAGUUUUAUCAAUUCAUUAAAAGAGGUUAGGGUUUAUAAUACGGGCUUCUUCGUUCAUUUCUCACGUGGUUAUUGUCAUUUUCACCAGUGCCAUACACAUACAAUCACUCACUGUACUGUGUUCGAUCUAUCAGGUAAUUUAGAAGCUUAUCUCCGAAUCUCGUCUAAGCUUAAACUUGGCCUAGUGGUGGAUGAUUUUUCAAUACAACUUAGCUCUUCCUCUCCUAAAUCACUGGAAAGCACUCAAAAUGCAGAUGGAACAGGACCAGCUAAAAUAGGUAGAAUACCGGUUCGACUGUAUGUUAGGACUAUCAAUGAGGAUUUUGAUGACUUGCAAGAUGCACCUGCGGUUGAAAGUUGGGACAAAAUCUCUUACAUAAACAGACCUGUUGAGAUUCAUGGAGAUGGAGGCAAAUGCUUCACCUUGUGUGAUGCAAUAACGAAGCUUCUGCGCGAGCUUUUUGGGGAAAAACUUCUGCCAAAAGAUGACGUUUCUGGAGAAGAAGUUGAGGUUGGACAGAGAUUAUCUCUUGAAGAAACAAAAAAGAGCAGCAUGGAACAAAGUGGAGAGAUGUUGAAUGAGCGCAUUGUCUCCUGCUCUGUGUCAGAUGGUGCUGUGAUUAAGCUCAUACGCAUUCAGGGAAUUGAACCAAAGAUGGAGAUUCCUUUUGCAUGGGUGGUAAACAAUUUGAUGAACCCUGAAUACUUUCUUCAUAUCUGUGUAUAUGUCAAAAUUCAAGAACCCAUCACCAUAUAGCCAAUUGUUCAUAGGAUUAGCAAUUCUGGAGAUUUGGAAAUUCUUUAGUUCUGAUAGUGCAUAUAUCUCAUUCACUGUAAAUAAGCGCAUAGGAUAUCUUGAAUGUGUUUUUACCUCUAGCUUUGUCAAUGCUAUUGGCAAAUUGGUCGAAACAUCUACAUAUCAAACUCAUGAAGGUAGCAAAGGUCCGAAGCUUAGGCAUAUUGACAACGCAAAAAAAUAGAAGCAGUUCUUAGCUUUGUACAAAAAACCUAUUGCCAUAUCAAAAACAGAUUCUAAGA